ACGUGUGAAUUUGCAAGAAAUAUUGCGUCAAAUGAAAUAAAAAAGCUUAACUCUCUCAAAAACCGCCAGCAAAAUGGCUUGCUUUUACCGCCAGCAUGACGAUACCGAAGUUACAAUUCCAAGAUAUAUAGAAUCCUCUACGGGUAUAACAUACUAUGACAUAAAGGUGCGGGUAGCCCAGGUCGAGUGGCUGGUGGAGCGUCGCUAUAAGGAUUUUGCCCAGCUAAACGAAAAACUAGAAGAACCUUCAAGCAGAAAGUUGUUACCACCCAAGAAGCUGGUUGGGAAUAAGCAGCCUGCAUUUCUGGAAACCCGCCGCGAACAACUAGAGAAAUACUUGAAGGAAUUACUCAUCCACUUCCGCACCCAACUGCCGCAGGUGCUGGCUGAGUUUUUGGAGUUUAAUAAAUACGACAUAAUUUAUUUGCUACAAGACCUUGCAAAGCUGUUUAACGAAUGCGGGGAUGCUUUAUUGAGUGCCAGAAAGGAGUAUAAUUUCUCAGCGCUGGAGGUCUUUGCCAUUAGCGAACGCCUGAGCUUGCCCUGCCCGCCACAGAGCUGCAACAUUGAAGAACGAGGCAAAUUUGAUUUCUCCCAUGUACUCGAUUUUUGCUCGCAACUAGCGGUGCUUGUAGUUACUCCCAGCAAGGAGAACGCCAGUUUUGGGGACUACAAUGCUGUCGAUGUUCCUAUUGGACGAAGUAACAUAAUACCCAAUCGGUUAAGCUUCAAUUUGAAUGCAUUUCGUCAGCUAAAGACCUUGAAAUUUUCGGCACUCAGCACAGAGAACAUUGUAGACAUUGAGCAGCUAAAGCCAAGUCUGGAACAAAUCCGGGUCCACAACACAACAAUAACUCACAUCAAUCAGGUAUUGCUCUGUGAUAAUUUGCAUAAGGCCUGCGAUGUGCCCAGUGUCCUGCCCCCUGGGAUUGUGUCCGAAGUGGCCGCAACGAGCAAGGCCGCCCUUCUAAGCACCGACUCAUGGAGUAAUCUAGCCGAACUCGAUCUGACUGGAAAUCUACUGACCCAAAUUGAUGGUAGUGUGCGCACGGCGCCAAAACUCCGAUGUCUGCUGCUCGAACAAAAUCGUAUACGCACCAUUCAAAACCUCUCCGAGCUUCCUCAUUUGCAAGUGUUGUCCUUGUCCGUAAAUUUAAUAGGCGAAUGUGUGGAUUGGCAUCUGGAAUUGGGCAAUCUGGUAACGCUUAAUUUGGCCCAAAACAAGCUGAAGGAACUUAGUGGGUUGCGUAAACUGCUCUCAUUAGUAAACUUGGAUUUGAGCUGCAACCUGAUUGAGCUGCUCGAUGAAGUGGAUCACUUGGCUGGGCUGCCGCUCCUAGAAACUUUGCGAUUAACCGGAAAUCCUCUGGCAGGCAGUGUAGAUUAUCGUCCACGGGUGCUGGCAAGGUUUCACGAGCGCGCCAAUGAAAUCUCGCUAGAUAAUGAGCCCGGAACAGCCGUAGAGCUUGACACAGCUCUAGUGCUAUCCGCACUGUUGAAGUCCAAGCAGCGCCAACAACAACAGCAAAAAUGACACUCUAAUUCAAAUGCAAUCUCUCCCGUCGCAAACAAAGUAUUCCAUAAAAGGAGACAAUAUUCCACGGCAAACUCACAGUGUACAUUGAUAUUGAAGUUUAAUAUUUUUUGUUUUUUAUAGUUUUACUCUCUGUCCUAUUUUCUCGUGUUUUACAUGUACAAUAUUUUGUGCAAUAUUCAUAUUUACGAUACAGAUGUCUCCUUUAAAAUUGUAAUGUAAUUUAAAAUAUACAACUGUCAUUUGUAUAAUAUUUAAGUCGA